CGUAAAUGUGACGUUGUCAAACUACGUCAUUGUGCGUGAAGACAGCAGACUAGAAGAAUCAAAACAAUGAGAUUUACACGAUCUGACUGAACGGAUGUGAUCUGCUGGCUGCUCCGCCUCCUGUAGAAUAAUGCGUUGUCAAUAAAAAUGGGAGGCAGCGGAUCCAAAACCAAAGGAGUCUGGCCUUUUAGCAGCUCGGGAGCUGGAGGAGAAGCUCCCGGUGAGGUCACUGAACAGUGUUUAGCACGUCUACGUGGCUCCAAGAAUGCAACACCAUUUGUCUUCACAAGAAGAAGUUCCUUGUAUUUCGAUGAAGAUGGAGAUCUGGCUCAUGAAUUUUAUGAGGAGACUGUGGUGACCAAGAAUGGCAGAAAGAAAGCAAAACUGAAGAGAAUUCAGAAAAACCUCAUACCUCAGGGAAUCAUUAAGUUGGAUCACCCACGAAUCCACGUCGACUUCCCUGUCAUCCUGUGUGAAAUAUAAUCACAGACUCUGUGGGACGUGUCAUGACUUUAGGAGCAUCACAAUCACCCUGGUGUUCUUCUGAAAAGAUGCCGUGGCUCUGUGUUACAAUAACGAGGGCGUUCUGCCCUUCACGUGGCUUUCACCAAAAACAUGAAUCACAAUUUCUGAUUUGUAUCUUUGAUGUAUAGACAGCAGACGUACGCCAUCUAGUCUUCUAUGAUGUACAGUAAGGAAUGCAUGUGCGGUGAGAGCGUGUAAGUACGGAGCCUAAAGCAAUGCAGGGAUUGUACAUAAAUCACUCAUGUUUGUUGAUGUCAGCCUGUUGCAGUGUGCGUUUAUCGUUGUAUUGUAUAUUAUAAUAUUCUGUUGUAUCAAAGUCUGACUCUGUUCGUUGGGUUGCAACCCACAUCUGCACUUUUUUCCUCAUUUAUUGUACAGUAAAUUAUGAGUUGAUUUACUUGAAUAAAAUGGUUUAGCAGAUUA